GAAGUCUUAACGGCCCUUCUCUUCAGAUGGCUGUGAUGUGUGUAGCUGUCCUGUAGGUGGAGGCUGACGCCUGUUGGACCUGCAGAUGGGAGGAGGCUCCUCUUGGGCUUUGUUGUUAUAGUAAUGGCUCGAUCCUAACCCUCGGUCAGCGUUUUCCAUCACCGGUCACGUUUUUUUCUGUACAGUUUUCAUCGAUGCAAAGACAGAUGGGCAGAAGGCGGAAUUUCCUUCUUGGCGUUAAAAGAAGAAGAGGAGGGAAGGAAAAAACCCACAUAAUAUCCAGUGAUGGUCUGCUGUAGAAGGAGUAUAUGGCUUCAAUCACAAUCUCCACCCCACUUAAGAAGUCCUUGACACUCAGGAUGAACAUCAAUCCCAGGGUUCAUCCUGACCUGAAAUGUAACUAAGGAAAGACUCAUCCCUCAAACCUGCUGUAAUGGAAAGUCGCAGCCUGCUGUCCCUCACUGUGGCCUUGCUGGGUUUUCUGAGCCCAUGUCUAACAAGACUAACUCCCAGAGUCUCUUUCCCUGUGGGUAGCCCGGGGAGACCUCUCACCCACUUCAGGAGCCAUGAAGUCAGCAACACCACCACCCUGCUGCUCAGUGAGGAUGGAGAUAUGCUGUAUGUGGGAGCCAGGGAUGCUGUUUUAGCACUGGAUGUUGGCCACAGGGACACUAUGACACUGAGGAGCAAGCUGGACUGGAGCCCAUCAGAGAAAGACCUUGCACAAUGUUCCAUGAAAGGCAAGAAAAUGGCUGACUGUCCCAAUUUCAUCCGUGUACUGCAGUUUUUUAACAACACCCACAUCUAUGCAUGUGGAACAUUUGCCUUCAGUCCACGCUGCACCUACAUCAAUUCAGAGACAUUAACGAUGAGCCUCAAGUCAGAUGAGGGGAGAGGUCGCUGCCCUUAUGAUCCCUACCAGCGCAACACUGCAAUCAUCGUUGAUGGAGAGCUUUAUACCGGGACAGUGGCAGAUUACAGAGGGAACCGGCCAGUCAUCUCCCGGCACCUGAGUGAGGGCAGGCGUUUUGACCUGAAGUUGGAUGAUACAUUAGGUUGGCUGGAGGAUCCAACCUUCAUCAGCUCCAGUUUCAUUCCCAAUGAGGAGAAAAUCUACUUCUUCUUCAGCGAAGUGGGCAGAGAGUAUGACUUCAUUGACAAAUUUAUUGUCUCUCGUGUUUCUCAGAUCUGCAUGAGUGAUGUUGGAGGCCAGCGGACCCUGCAGCGCCGCUGGACCACAUUUGCCAAAGCUCAGCUGUUGUGCCAGGCAGACAAUGAGCUGCCCUACAAUGUAAUCCAGGACAUAGACACCCUCCCACCAGCAGAGGGAGCGCCCACAGAUGACACACUCUUUUAUGGCAUCUUCACCUCCCAGUGGUCUGUCAACUCUGGACAGUCAGCGGUGUGUUCAUUCCGCCUGACUGACAUCAAAUCAGUUUUCUCUGGUAAUUACAAAGUUCUGAACCGGGACACCUUACAGUGGAGCACACGGGUUCAAGAGAAGGUCGCAAACCCAGGAGAGUGUGGCCUGCACAAUGCAUCAGACAACGCCCUGCGCUUUGUCAAAGAGAACUUCCUUGCUGAUGACAGUGUUCGGCCAGUUGCAAGAAGUCUGACCUUGGUGUCUGCUGAACACAACUACAGCCAUCUGACAGUCCAGAGAGUCCAGGCUGCCAACAACAGAGACUACACCGUCCUGUUUCUGCUCACAGAGUCUGGUUACAUCCACAAAACGGUGCUGCUGCAGAGUGGAGCCCACAUCAUAGAGGAGGUGCAGGUUUUUGAGCAGCCUCAGCCUGUCAAGAGCCUGAAACUCUCCACAUCCAAGGGGAUGAUAUAUGUUGGCACAUCAGAGGGGGUGCUGAGAGUUCCAACAGCCAACUGCUCUUUUUACUGGACCUGUCCUCAGUGUGUUCUGGCCCGAGACCCCUUCUGUGGUUGGGACCCUGCCAACAGGGCCUGUGUAGAGGUCUCUAACACCCACACCAGUCUAGGCCAGGAUGUAGACAGAGGGAAUGUUGAAGAGGUGUGCAACAGUGUUUCAUUGACACACAGAGCCAAAUUUGCUCCAAACAAACUGCCUGCAGGUGAGCUGGUGUCCGUGUCUCUAAAUGAAGUGGUGCGGCUGCAGUGUCCUGCAGCGUCGCGGCUGUCCCAGCAGCUGUGGGAGCGUCCCAACAGCCGGCUGUCCCCGGACCUGUACCUGCACCUGGAGGAUGGCAGUCUGAGCUUUGUGGCAACCCCCACCACACUGGGCCACUAUCUCUGCCUGUCUAUUGAGAACGGCUACCAACAGACUAUGGCCAUCUAUCACGUCAGGCAGAAGAGCAGCCCCUUGGCUCAAACUCCAACCAGCUACACCUGGCCUCCGGUACACCACAUACCUACCACACAGGCUGUGGCUAAGCCAGGGCCUGGACCUGGGCUUCAUACCUCUGCGGUGACCUGGCCCAAAACAACAGAAACAAGACAAGGAAAGACUCAGCCAACACUGUCCAGUAGGGACAGUCACAUCACCACUAGACAGCAAGGCAGGAACGUGACCCUGUGGACAGAGGAGUCCGAGCAGAAGGAGUCAGGGUUUCGGGAGGGUGAGCCCCUACUGUCGGCCCGAGGCCCCUGCUACCUAAAGGAGCUGGUGGUUGUGUCAGUCCUGCUGGUGCUUUGCCUCAGUGUGCUAAUCACCAUGCUUAUGUACAUCAUCAGACUGCGCUGCCAUAGCCGAACGGCCCCACAAAUAGGUUCUCCAACCAGAGACUCAGACAGGAGGACCCCUGUAGAGCAGGAGGCCCUCAGUGGGAACCAGCUUCUGAGCAAACGCACCAGACAAGCCCUGAACAGCGGACAGGCGAGCGGCUUAGUUUGUAAUGGGGCAAUCACAGGCUCCAAUGGGCAUUUGCCCAACACCCCCAUCUGAACAGUCUCAGACAUUUGAAGAGAUGUUACCUACAGGAGUAAAGGGUAAAGGGAGACCAUCCCAGGUACCAAAGUCACCAUGGCAACUGUCAGUCAGCCCAGUGGGAGGUUUUGUUUGCAAAAACAGUCCCAUGAUACAAACACUGUAAACACCUGUUGUCCUGAUUGGUGAGAUUUCAAUAGGAUGAAAGACAAUCUUCUGUGGAUCUUAGUGCAACUGUUUUGCACCCAAAACAGUGUUGGUUUUGCAACCAAAACAGUCGCACCAUGGAGCCCUUUAGAUGGUAACAUGAGACAAAAAGGUACCAGCUGAUCCAGUACAGCUAAUUAUAGCUGUAAUAUUUUUUAUAGAGUAGUCAGUGUACGAUGCAAAGCCAGUGACUUUAACAGUUCGGCAUCCCUGGGAUAAAGACAUUUUCAAGAACUCAUCCAAUUUUUUUAAAAAAGAAUCUGGGGCCAUGUUUAUCAUGCAGCAUAGAUUUAGAAGAUAUUUUUUAAGGAAUAUAACAUGUGCCAGGAUUAUGUUCAGUGAUGAGGUCAAAUAAGUAUGUUGUUCGUGUAACAAAGACAAACCAGAGGUCGUAUUCAGGGCUUCAGAGUUUCACACAGCGCAGGGACAAGGACUACAUGGUACAUUCAAGUGAAGCUCAUAAACUCUGCCAUACAAAGCAAUACAAUACAAAGCAGAAUUCAAAAUGCAUGGGCAUCAAUCUCUCAUUAUUUUCUUGUUUCUCGUUUUUAAUUUUUAAAUGCUACAGUCAUAACAGUAUCCAUUAAUUUCUCCAUUGGCGGAAUUCAACCACAUAUCACUGAAAAUAUUAAAUCAGUUCUUUACAGUGCACCAGGUUAGAAGGUUCCUAGUAUGGUGUACUGUUUAUAUAUGGCACAGGAUCUCCAGAUCUUCAUUUUAUAGUAACACCUGCAGACUGCUGAACAACCCAAAUCACUCUAGUUGCACUUCUACUUCAUGAUGCUCUAACACGCAGAAGAAAUGCAGGGGCUGUUCAUCACUGCACACAGUUAUUUCUGAAUGAAACUGUCAUUAAAAAAUCCAUCUGACCAUGUCAUGUCAAUCAACACCAGCCUGAACAGAGUCAGGAAGGUUCAUAAGUUAGUGGAGGAAGUCAACUUUCAUUGGUAAAGAAGCUCACUGAAUGCUUUAACCUUGAGGUCUCAAAAAGGAGAGGAUUUUAAAACCAUAGCAGGGCUCUGGGAGUUCUCAUCAGAAAUGUUUGUUUCACAGACAUUUCUCUGGAAAAAAAUAAUGUGCCCCUCGGGCCUUGACCUUGUUUGAAUCUCAUGAUCAACAGACAAAUCAACACAGCAGAUUUUCCAAAAUGCAUGUCACUUUCCUGUAAAACAAUCACAAAUUCUUCUGUCCAGGCCAUCUUAAAUAUGCUUGAAGAAUUCUUUCUACUCUUCUCUACUGUUUGUCACUCACUGAGAGGACAAGGCCAGGUAAUGAUAAUGAAAAGGGGAAAACGGUGCAAAAAUUGGUCAUUAAUUGGGACAAAUACAGGAAAACUGUGAUCCCAGGGUGAAACUGGGAGAGGGCAGUUAAAACAGAAGAAUUGGAGAUUGGAAAGUGUGGCUUUAACUGGACUGUUUGAAGUCAGGACUGAAUAAACAUCACAGUUGGAGAAUGUUUUACUCAUCAUUGGUUAAUAAAGAGGCUCUGGUUAAUGUUUGUCAUCAUAAAGACUCCUGUCUUUGUAAUAUCUUCAGCACAAUCCUCAGUUCUCUGUAUCAUAUUGGGCUCACUGACAGCAUAUUUUGGAAGUUGUAUUUUGAAAUCAUAUCACUAUAUCUUUGGGAUUGCCCAUCAAACCCAUUGUUAAGUCAGAAGAACAGCCCCAUUUUUUUUGAUGUUCUCAAAAUCUUGAAUGAAUAAAAGUCAUCUCAUAUCAACA